AUGGGAUUAUUCAAAUCAUCAGACCAGGCCACACGACCUAGGUUCUUGGAACUUAGGUCUUCCAAAUGGUUCAUCACCCUCGCCGUCUCCUUCGCCUCCACCACAGAUAUCUUCAUGUACGGUCUAAUCGUGCCAGUCACGCCAACCGCGUUGAGAGAACGCGUUGGCAUCCCCCCAGAAAAGAUACAAGCAUGGACAUCAAUUCUCCUCUCUCUAUUUUCCGUAUCUAUGCUCGCUUUCUCACCGAUUGUCGGGUAUAUCACCGAUCGAGCCGGAUCACGAAAAUGGCCUUACCUGUUUGGUCUGACUGCCCUGGCGGCAGCAACAGCUUUGCUAUGUAUCGGAUCAAGCAUUGGGCUUUGGAUCGCUGGACGGUUAUUACAGGGAGCCGCGGGUGCAGUUGUUUGGGUUGUUGGAAAUUCACUGAUGGCUGAUGCCGUUGGUCGAGAUGGUCUUGGCCAAGCUAUGGGAUAUAUGUCGAUGGCUACUAGUAUUGGAAUACUUACUGGACCACUCCUCGGAGGUGUUCUUUAUGAGAAGUGCGGGUAUUACUAUGUCUUCGCCCUUGCCUUUGCAUUGAUUGGGUUGGAUGUUCUCAUGCGAUUUAUGUUGAUUGAGAGGAAGGAUGCGGUUCAAUGGCUUGCGCCAGAGAGGAGGCCACUCGUGCCAGCGCAGGAUGAAUCGGGUGUUACAACAGACUCACCUGCCGAAGAUUUUUACGAGCGUAUGGGCAUCCUUACAAGCUCUUCGCGUCUUAUGGUAGCCCUCUGGGGUAACUUCGUCGUUGCACUAUUUAUAUCCUCCUUUGAUAGUGUCCUCCCGCUAUUUGUGCAAGGGACAUUCCAGUGGAAGCAAAGUGGCCAGGGUCUGAUCUUUAUUCCACUCAUUGUGGCGCAUGCCUUCGAUCCGCUGACUGGGUAUAUCAUCGACAAGUACCCACAGACUGCUCGUUAUAUUACCGCCGGGGCAUUCUUCAUCAUGGCACCCCUAUUCGUCCUUUUUCAACUUGUGAGGAACAACUCUAUGCAUGACAAGAUCGUGCUAUGCGUUCUUCUUAGUGGCGUUGGCCUCUGUCUGUCUGUGACAGUACCCCCUCUCGAUGUGGAGGUUUUCAAUGUCGUGGAGGAAAAGGAAAAACAAAGACCUGGUGCUUUUGGUUCGGGUGGAGCUACGGCCCUGGCUUUCGGCUUGACGAACAUGGGAUUCUCUGCCGGCAGUCUUGUCGGACCCUAUUUUGCUGGCUUUAUGCGACAGGAAGCUGGCUGGGGCAUGAUGAGUUGGGCGUUGGGUUUAAUGGCUAUGCUAUCGGGUAUCCCGAUCUUGCUCUUCAUGGGCGGCCCAGAUUUGAGCAAGCUUGCAGGGUCAGAGGAUGAGGGCGUCACCGUUUCUGAACCCUGA